GGAGGUGAUCAAAGCCAACAUCGGCGACGCCCACGCCAUGGGGCAGAAACCCAUCACCUUCCUCCGCCAGGUGGUCGCCCUGUGCCUGUGCCCGGAGCUGCUGGACGAGCCCUGGGUGCCCUCGGACGCCCGGGCCCGCGCGCGCCGCCUGCUCGACGCCUGCGCCGGCCACAGCGCCGGUGCCUACAGCGCCAGCCCGGGCAUCGAGCUGGUGCGGCGGGACGUGGCGCGGUUCCUGGAGCGGCGCGACGGGGUCCCCGCGCGCCACGACGACGUCUUCCUGUCCACGGGCGCCAGCGACGCCAUCGUGGGCAUCCUGAAGCUGCUGGUGUCGGGCGCGGGCGCCACGCGCACCGGGGUGCUCAUCCCCGUGCCGCAGUACCCGCUCUACUCGGCCGCCGUGGCCGAGCUCGACGCUGUGCCCGUCGCCUACUACCUGGACGAGGAGCGCUGCUGGGCGCUGGAGCCGGGCGAGCUGCGGCGCGCGCUCGCCGCCGCCCGCCGCCACUGCGCCCCCCGCGUCCUCUGCAUCAUCAACCCGGGCAACCCCACGGGGCAGGUACAGAGCCGCCAGUGCAUUGAGGACAUCAUCAAGUUGGCCUACGAGGAGCAGCUCUUCCUCAUGGCCGAUGAGGUGUACCAGGACAACGUCUACGCUGAGGGCUCGGCCUUCCACUCCUUCAAGAAGGUGCUCUUCGAGCUGGGGUCGCCCUACAAGGACGUGGUGGAGCUGGCCUCCUUCCACUCCGUCUCCAAGGGCUUCAUGGGCGAGUGCGGCUUCCGCAGCGGCUUCGUGGAGGUGGUCAACAUGGACCCCGAGGUGCGGGAGCAGCUCAUCAAGAUGGUCUCCGUGCGUCUGUGCCCGCCCGUGCCCGGGCAGAUCAUCCUGGAUGCCAUGGUGGCCCCGCCGGAGCCCGGAGAGCCCUCCUAUGAGCGCUUCAUGGCCGAGAAGCAGGAGGUGCUGAGCGCCCUGGCACACAAGGCCCGCAUCACCCAGGAGAUCUUCAACCAGGCGCCCGGCAUCCACUGCAACCCUGUGCAGGGCGCCAUGUACUCCUUCCCGCGCAUCGAGCUGCCGCCCCGCGCCGUCCAGGAGGCCAAGGCGCUGGGCCAGGCGCCGGACGCCUUCUUCUGCAUGAAGCUGCUGGAGGAGACGGGCAUCUGCGUGGUGCCCGGCAGCGGCUUCGGGCAGCGCGAGGGCACCUACCACUUCCGGAUGACCAUCCUGCCGCCCGCCGAGAAGCUCCGCGAGCUGCUGCACAAGCUCAGCCAGUUCCACGCCAAGUUCACCCGGGAGUUCUCCUGA